AUGUGGAGGACAGCCCCUCCAAAAUCCCAGCGCUCACUCUCCUCACUCUCUUCUCCCUGGGCCUACCUAGGUGCUCAAAAAGACACACUCAUGCGGCUGCGGAGUGUGUCUUACACUUUCUACUUAUUGAAAGGGACCAACAUCACCAAGGGAAGCAGCAGCAAGAAAAAACCGGCUUACAUUUUGAUCCCGCUGCCUACCACCAAGGUGUUGUUUGACUUAUCCUCCAACAAGUUCCACAACUUGAAGAAACAGUUGUUCCUGUUAUCCAGCAAGAUUGACAAAACCAAUGAUGACUUGAAGGGAAACACCACCAUCCUCCAAGCCGCCGAUGCAAGUGACAGAGUGGUGAUCAUGGAGUUCAUUGUCAAACAUGAUGCCUAUGGCAAAGGGCUCAAGCAAGAGUUGGGCAGAGAUGAUGCUGGAUUCACAAUUGUCAUGGAAAAUCCAGCCAAAGCUGCGCAAGAGGCAGCCGAUAACAACAUUGAGAAUGUUGCAACCACGUUGACUGUGCUCGCCCGUUUGGUCCCACUGGAUCCUCAAAAAGAAUUGCUCCAAACCUUGCAGCCCAAACUUGGUUUGUUCACAAACCACAAUAACAAGGCAUUAGCAGCAGGUAUCCCGGGCGUGACCUUGAACAUCCCGCCAAAAGACCCUGACUUUGUUUGGAAGGACAUCCAACGCCCCAACACCAUUUUUUCCCUGGUGCCAGAUGUCAAACAAUGCAAGAUCAGCCCAUGGCCUCCUACCUUCCCCCUUGGCAGCUAUGCUGAAAUGCAAAGUACCAACGUCAACAUCAAUUAUGAUGUCAUACACAGGCAAAGAUCUUGA